AUGGAGGUCGUUGAAGGUCUGGAGUGCCGCUGGCAGAGCUAUCAUGCAUCUGCCGCCACAGUACCGUCAGAUGCGAGUGCUGACGAAGACCCUGUUCACGUCGAUGACAACCCAGUCCCAUUCGAGGGCGAUUACUUCGGAGGUGCGGACGACUACGGCGCCGACGACCUUCCUUUCGAUGAGGAGCCUAUGGACGUUGACCCGAACUCCCGUGACGCAGCAGAGGAGUCGAGCGAUGAUGAAAGAUCGGAAGAUGAUGCCCCUCUCCCUGAUGUCGAGCGCGAUGGCCGUCGUCUCCAAUCUCCGCCCCUGAAUCCAGUCCCUCACAACCCGGCAGCUCCUGAGUUCGCGGCGGACGACGAUGAUGCCGUGAUUGGUAACGGCAAACAGGCUCCUGCGCCAGGCGGGAUCGGGCUUGCCCAGCAUGAGCAGGUGCGCGAGGCACCUGUGAGCAUUGUUCCGUUUGGCGGACAAGCCGGAGCACCCUUACAACCGGAUCAAGCGCCGCAUUCUGGCUACGAUUCAUAUGCAGAGAAGGUCGACCCGGAUGCGAAGAAUCCCUAUGCACCUUUCGCGUCCCGCAUGGACUGGGAGAUUGCACGUUGGGCAAAGCUCCGGGGGUCUGGAUCCACCGCAUUCACAGACCUGCUCGCAAUUGCAGAGGUCCGUGAGCUCCUAGGCUUAUCAUUCAAGAAUAGUGAUGAGCUCAACAAGAUCAUCGACGAACGGCUCCCAAAUCGUCGGCCCGCCUUUCAUUGCUUCGAGGCGUGUGUAGGCGGCGAACGCUUCGAGAUGUUCUGCCGUGACAUCCUUGAGUGCAUCCUCGCGCUUUAUGGCGAUCCCGAACACGCUUCCAUCCUAUGCAUCACUCCCGAGCGCCACUACGCCGAUGCCGACAAGACACUGCGGCUUUACCACGACCUGCAUACCGGAAAGUGGUGGUGGGCUACCCAGCGAAAGCUCGAAGAAGACAAACCGGGCGCGACAAUCAUCCCCGUUAUCAUUUCAUCUGAUAAGACGCAACUGACCCAGUUCCGUAAUAAGACUGCGUACCCAGUCUACCUCACCAUCGGUAACCUACCCAAGGAGAUACGCCGCAAGCCCUCGCACCGGGGGCAGAUCCUUCUCGCAUAUCUACCGACCAGCCGCCUCGAACAUAUCACGAAUAAAGCCGCGCGACGUCGGACACUUGCCAACGUCUUCCACGCGUGCCUGUCGAUGAUUGUAGAGCCGCUACGACAGGCGGGGAUUGAGGGCGUCCCGAUGACAAGUGGUGAUGGGGUAGAACGCCGAUGCCACCCUAUCUUAGCGGUGUAUGUCGGCGACUAUCCUGAGCAAGUCCUUGUGACAGGAACCUACACGGGUGACUGUCCUAUCUGCGAGUGUUCUCACGACGAUCUCGGCUCAUAUCCAAAUACUUCACGCCGGCGCGACAUCAAUGCGACAUUCGACGCGCUGGCUAAGUUCGGCACCGCGGACUAUAACGGAGCAUGCGAUGCUGCAGGUAUCAAGCCUGUCCAGCACCCAUUCUGGGAGAACCUGCCGUACGUCGACAUCUACCGCACGAUCACACCAGACCUUUUGCAUCAGCUAUAUCAAGGGGUCGUCAAGCAUGUUCUUUCAUGGAUCACGAGAAUCACCGGCCUCUCGCGCGUCACUGGAACCGAGCACAAGCAAAUGGCGCGGUUCAUCCUGGCGCUUCUCAUUGACGUGCGCCUGCCUGGCGGCGAGCCCGCAAAUGAUCUCAUAGCUGCCACAACAGCCCUUCUUGAUUUCGUGUACAUGGCCCAAUACUCGGUGCACUCUGACGCCACGUUGGACGCGCUCGAAGAGUCCCUUGCGACAUUCCACACCAAAAAGGACAUCUUCGCCCACCUUGGUGUGCGCGAGAACUUCACGAUCCCGAAGCUCCAUAUGAUGGCUCACUACGUCGAUGCAAUCAAGUCGUAUGGAACGACGGACAAUUACAACACAGAGUCGACGGAACGCCUUCACAUCGACUUCGCAAAAGAAGCUUACCGUGCGACGAAUCACAAAGAUGAGUUCCCGCAAAUGACGAAGUGGCUUGAGCGACGCGAGAAGGUGCUGCAGCACGCAGACUACGUAGAAUGGCGCCUUCUUCGGGCUCAAGACGAACAUCAAGACACGAUCGCUGGACGUCCGGCGGUGAUACGUUGGCGGCCGCCCGACAUGUCGUGUGCACUGCAUCACGUCAUGGCAAAGUGGCCAAGCCGGAAAGCUGUCCCCAUCGCCACCGUCAUGUCUACGCAAGGCUAUGGUGCAACCUUUUUCACAGCUGCUCUUUCCCGUUAUAUUAUCGAGCUAAAGACUCCAGGCUUGACGCGGAACGAAGUGGAGGCGAGAGCCUUACAGGUACGGCUACCGUUUUCAACGGUCCCGGUGUUCCACAAGAUAAAAUUCCGUAACGUCGAAAAUCAUGGCAAGGAGACACUCGACUCGAUUCACGCGCGGCCGCAAGAAGCAGGACAAAGCGGCGAUGUACUCAUUCCUGCACGUUUCGAUACUGCGCUCAUACAGGUUCGCCUUGGACCAAAUGGGGGCUUGGCGGCAGAGCCCCAUAAUGGUUUAUCUGGUAUGCGUGUCGGCCGUGUCCGUGUUAUCUUCUCAAUCCCUGGCAAAGCGCUGCCGCUGCUCUUCCCGGGCGCUCCGGUCACCCGUCCGACUGUACCCCGUCAUCUUGUCUACAUCGAGUGGCUCUCUAAGUUCGCAAAUGCACCAGAUCCCUUGUACCAGAUGUACAAAAUCAAGACACUGCAGGGACCAGCAAGGCUUGCAUCUAUUGUACCGCUCUCAUCGAUCCAGCGUAGUGUUCACCUUCAUCCGAAGUGGGGUGGCCCGGCUCCGCUACACUGGACAAGCAUGAAUGUAUUAGACGAAUGUACGACAUUUUACCUGAACCAUUACCAGAGUCCCCACAGCUUCUACAACAUGUACUAG